UAUCAAUUUCCAGCUUCUCUCUAUGCAUGGCUCCCACUCUGAGUAAUAUAUUUCAUGUUCCUUAUAAUGCAUCAAGGAAGCAUCACUAAUUGGAACCAUUCUCUUGCAUGAGAAAAAGAGCUUAAUUACAGAACACAAAUCGCGUCCUAAAAUGGGUCUGAUCAUUCUUCUCAAGCAAUUCAGUCUCCUCUUCCUCAUUUUGGCAUCAGUACUCUUAUCAACUUGUCUCGCAGUCCGACAGUCCAUGCCCGUCAUUGAGUUGGCUAAAGAUGCGGAUGCACUACUUAAUGAGGGAAUACCACAUGAAGAUCUGGACAUAAUUUCUGUUCAUGAAAGGCUUCUUAGGGCCAACACCAAAGACUAUGGAAAAUACGAUCCAGCACCAGCUCUUGUUAAGCCUCCUUUCAAACUCAUACCCAACUGAUGUUUUAGUCGUUAAGAUUGGCAGUCAUGUGCAGGAGUGACAACAGUAUCUAAAUAAAUGAAGUACUAGAUCAUGAUCCAGUAUAUUAUAUGGCAUAUAAAAACCAUAUAUACUAAGUUUUGAACCCUCAUAUAUAAUGUGUUAUAUAUAUAUAGCUUGUUUAGAUAAAGUACUGCGUUAAGUAUCCAAUCUAUCUGCAAUAUAACAAGUUUGAUUCGAUUUGACAU